AUGCGAUUUUGCCCGGGCCGCAGUGCGCAUGUGCAAAAGUCACCGGUGUCAUGCCAAAAAAAAAAAAUCAAAAAAAUCAAAAAAUCCAAGACAGAAAAUGGUAAAAGUGCACCUUUGGCCAGUUACAAGUGUCCCACAAUCGACUGUGUCGAUUUAAAAAACAAAGUGAUUUAUUGUGAAUCUUUUAGGCUAUAUGUGGAAAAAAAGUUACGUGCACUGGUUUAAGCAGUUUCUGAUGCGAAGGAAAUUGCACAAAAUGAAUGCAAUGAAUGCAGAUUAACUAAUAUCACACUCUCAAAUGGCGGUGAGGAGCGGUUAUAUUUUAAAAAUGAUGUUUCCAUAUAAAAUCACCUGAUACUCAAGCAGUUCCGUUGCUAAGAGACGAUGUAUGCUUCCCACAGAGGGACUCUCCAAACAGCAAGCUAACAACAUUUUCGAGGAGAAAUAGCGUCGUGUGAGGUCUUUUUUGUAGGGAGUUUCGUUGACUUAAACCCUAGUCAUGCAGUAUUUGCGACCCAGUCACAAAAAACAGCCACUGUCAACACUGUGGGAUAAAAAGGCCCAAAAGAAUGGACUGAAGAACACUGUUUAUUCUGUCUGUGGAAACGAAUAUACUGGAGAAUGGCAGAACAACAAGAAGCAUGGCAAGGGAACUCAAGUGUGGAAGAAGGCUGGUGCAAUUUAUGAUGGUGAAUGGAAAUGUGGAAUGCGUGAUGGAUAUGGCACCUACAGCAUUCGAAAUCCACUAUCCAAUGAGUAUACAAGAAAAUAUUGUGGAGAGUGGAGAAAUGGGAAAAAACAUGGUUUUGGGACAUUCCUCUACAACUGUUCAGAAGUUUAUGAAGGAGAGUGGAGUGAGGAUACACGUUGUGGGUGGGGAAGAAUGUACUAUGCCAAUGGAGAUAUCUAUGAAGGAGAGUGGUGGAAGGACAAGAGUCAUGGCAAAGGCAUUAUUCGAUGUGCAAAUGGAAACUGGUAUGAAGGUUCCUGGAGAGAUGGAAAUAAGAAUGGCUAUGGGAAGUUUUUCUACUCUGACAAAGGGCAGCUUUAUGAGGGCUUUUGGUUGGAUGGUACAGCAAAAUGUGGCACACUGGCUGAUUUUGGGAGAAGCGAAGCUUCAAGACCACCAAAAUAUCAGAUUCCACAGCUGCAGCUAGUGGAUAUACAGAUAGUAUUGACUGAAGCCCAAUCGGCCUUCAAGGAUCACAUGAUAGCAGCCACUCAAGAAUAAAGUCCCAUCAAAAAACUGGAAUACAGAGGUCCCUAUUGUAUGUUUUUCUGCCAAAAAGAAAUUGUGUUUAAUGGGUUCCAUAAGAAUUACUGUUGUAAAUUUCCCAGUAACUGUUAGUUCAGUAGGAGUUAUAGUUCUGUUUAUUUAGAUCAGGCAUUCAUAGGCAGCUGAGGGGUCCUUGGGAGCACCAUGGUAAUGCUGUCACUGUUACCAUGGUGAUGUUGUUACUUGUGGACUAACUGCUGUAGUUUUAGAUCUUUACCUUUAACCUCUCUAAAUCUGUGCCUAUGAUUGUUUCUAUAAUUGCUAUGUAAUGUUCUGAUACUAAUUAAUUAACUUUAUUAACUUGAUUAAUUUACCUGAUUGCUGAUGUAAACUGUUUAACUGUUACUGAUUAUGUGCGUGUGUAACUUCAGUUAGUAAUGAUUCAAAUGAAUGUUCCUAUAGAUUACCAGAUGAAA